AUGGUUGAUAGAACGAUAACAGCGAGCAAAAUUAUAGCGCUACUUGUGGAAGGGUGUAGCCAAUGUUAUAUUUUCCAGAGGCUAAAUGUGAGUUGUUUGACUUUCCAGAGGACUUGGCAACAACAUCAAGAGAUUGGUUCCGUCAGUAGAAGGCCUGGCUCUGGAAGAAAACUAUACCCAGAAGCUCAAGAUGACAGCUUCCUGGUGAACCAGGCAUUGAGAAAUCGUAAAUCUUCUUAUGUCGACCUCAAAAAGAUUCUAGAGGAAGUGAGAGGUUUGCAAACCAGUUUAUGGACUGUCAGGAGGAGGCUUCUCGCUGCCAAUAUAUUCAGUCGCCGUCCAGCCCGUGGCGCAAAACAACUCCGCGAGCGCAGAGUUGCUAGACUUAGCUUUGCUCGAAAUUGUGCGACGUGGACUCAAGAGGAGUGGGGUUUUGAUCAACGUGAUUCCCGCUGCGGUUUGCAGCCGCAAUACGACGAUAGACUGGAUUACGGUUUACUUAAUGCUAGUGACUCUUAA